AUGCUAGCUAUACGCCGGUCUGCCACUCGGGCUCUAGGAAGAGCGCCAGUCUCGAUUGUUGCUACAUCACAUAUUCCUCACGCCGUCACAUGCCGAGUCCAUCGUAUCCAGACAGUUCGUCACAACUCCUCAGGACCGGAUGCAACCAGCAAACGUGCCGCGAUUUCGUACGAUGUCAACCUACAAAACGAGGAACAAGCUGUAUCUUCUCAAACCGAUGUUACAGCUACGCAUAUCCUCGAGGCCUCGUUGAAACAUGUCCCUCAGCAUGGGUGGACAGUACAAGCUCUCGGAGCCGGUGCUUCAGACUUGGGAUAUCCGUCCGUAUUGCACGGACUGUUUCCAAGGGGUGGGGUGGAUCUGAUAGACUACUUCCUAAAAAAGAGCAAACGUGAGAUGAAGGCUGAAAUGGAGAAGCUGGAUUUGGAGAGCAUGAAAAUCACCGCGAAGAUUCGGACAGCUUGCAUAACCAGACUAAAGUUGACUGGUCCGUACAUAUCUCGAUGGCCCGAGGCGCUAGCUCUGAUGGGUCAACCUCAAAAUGUACCUAUGUCUCUCGGAAAUCUGGGAGAAUUGGUAGACGACAUGUGGUAUCUUGCUGGGGACCGGUCCGUGGAUAUGAAUUGGUACAGCAAACGGACGUUGUUAGCCGGGGUGUAUACAUCGACUGAGCUCUACAUGACGCAAGAUCGAUCGCCAGACUUUGAGGAAACAUGGAAGUUUCUUGAUCGGCGGUUGCAGGAUGUGGCAUUCAUAGGACGGACGGCCUCGGAGGUGACGAAUUACCUCCAAUUUGGAGUGAGAAGUGCGUUUGGCAUCCUUUCCUCGUUUGGACACAAGACCCCUUUCAAUCGCUAA